GGAGGAGGAGCCUGAGAACAGGGAGCGGUCAGACUCCAUUUUCACCUGGACGAGCAGAAGGAAGGAAAGUGAGCAGAUAAACAUUGAAACUGGUGUGAAAGAUCAUUUCACUGUGUUCUGCUGUAAACUGAGCACAGAACCAGAAGCAAAUAGACCAGACCUUGAAUAUCUAGAAGAGCAGCGUGGCCUGAACCACAACUGAGCCGCAGCCGGUGCAACAUGGACGAGGACACUUCAGAGCAAGUUGGACCCUCACACACAAAAGGUCAGGACCACAGACUGAGAGCAGAGUCUCCAGGGUCCAGCUGUCUGUCUCUGAAGAGUGACUGGUCCAUGGCAACUCCUCUAAACUUCAGUAAAGAACCUGGACCCUCACCCACAGAGGAGAGGAAGAGGAGUCAUGUUUCUGAGGAGGAGCAGUCGUCCUGCUGUGCUUCGUGUCAGGACGUCCUGAAGGAUCCAGUCUCCACCAGCUGUGGACACUGGUUCUGCAGACAGUGCAUCACCUCAUACUGGGACCAGUCUGGUUCUUCAGGAGACUCCUCCUGUCCCCAGUGUGGACAAAGAUCCAGAACAGGAGCUGGAGCAGAUCGUGGUCUGCAGGAGGUUUCAGAUGAACAUAAGCUCAGUGUGAGGAGGAGAUGUGAACAUGUGACUGAAGGAAGUGAUGAAACAGGAAGUAGAACCCUCCUCAACAGGAUCUACACUGAGCUCUACAUCACAGAGGGACAGAGUGAAGAGGUUAAUACUCAACAUGAGGUGAGGCAGCUUGAGACGGCUUCAAAGAUGAAGAUCCUCCAGGACACUCCCAUCAAGGUCCACGACAUCUUUAAAGCCUCCACUGACCAGCAGAGCAGCAUCAGAGUCGUCCUGACCAACGGAGUCGCUGGCGUUGGAAAAACCUUCUCGGUGCAGAAGUUCACUCUGGACUGGGCAGAGGGUUAAGAGAACCAGGAUGUGGGUCUGCUGGCUGUGCUUUCGUUCAGGGAGCUGAACCUGGUGAAGGACCAGCAGCACAGUCUUCUCACGCUGCUCCAUGUUUUCCAUCCAGCGUUACAGAAGCUCACGGCAGAGACGCUCGCUGUCUGUAAACCUUUGUUCAUCUUUGACGGCCUGGAUGACAGCAGACCUUCUCUGGACUUCAACCACAGGGAGCUUGUGUCUGAGGUCACACAGAGGUCAUCAGUCAACGUGCUGCUGACAAACCUCAUCCGGGGGAAUCUGCUUCCCUCGGCUCUCGUCUGGAUAACCUCCAGACCUGCGGCGGCCAAUCAGAUCCCUCCUACAUGUGUUGACAGGGUCACAGAAGUACGAGGCUUCACUGAGGUCCAGAAGGAGGAGUACUUCAGGAGGAGGUUCAGUGAUGAAGAGCUGUGCAGCAGAAUCAUCUCACACAUCAAGACGUCC